AUGGCUCCGGUCGGAAGAAAAAAUUGCAUUAGAACUUUACCUUUGGAUAUACUAGGCAACCUUCCUGAUGAUGUUAUUGAUCAUAUUCUUAUACGGAUGCCUUUACCAGAUGCUGUUAGAACAAGAAUCUUAUCAAGGAAAUGGAGAUAUACAUGGUGUAGAAUUCCACAACUAACUCUUGAUCGAACCCUUUGGAAAAUGCACCAACCUGCUUACUUUGAAAAUAUAAUCCGCCAAAUUUUGAACCAUCAUCGAGGACUUGUUAAACACUUUACCCUCUUAAUUCCGUAUUGGGAGGAAUUUUCUUAUUUUAUACAGUUGUUAGGGUUUCUCAUUGAAAAUGGUAUUGAACAUCUCAAUAUUAAAUUUCCGUAUAGGAAAUCACCAUACAAAUUGCCUGCUUUAUUUUUCAAAUGUGUGCUUUUGAGGCACCUAUCUCUUGAAGAUUGUUCAAUAAACCAUCCACCAGCCUACACAGGAUUUGAUAGGUUACUUUGCCUUAAGCUAUACAAUGUUACAAUCGAGUACACAUUGUUUGGAACCUUAAUCUCUCAGUGCCCGUUGCUCGAGCAAUUGGUGCUUUUGAUCUCAGAUAAUCAGUCUGGUGUCAUUUUUAUUGAUGGCCCCAAAUUGAAGUCCCUUGACUUCACAGGCAGAGUAUGGGCUAUCAGUUUAAGAAAUGUUCCUCUUCUAGCAUAA